AUGGCUCAGAUCAGAUCUCUCGCCCUUUUGGCCCUCUCGGCCUCAUCGCAUGGUGUUUUCAGGGCUUCUCUGGCACCGGAAAAGCGCCAGGGGCAGGUCUUUGGGACCGCUACCGUCAACCUCGCCGAGCCGUCCGGGACUCCAGCCCAUCUGGCGUCUGGUUUUAUUUAUGGUCUGCCUGAUAACACGGAUGGCACAGCAAACACGGAUAUUCCUGACCGGUUCAUCGAUGGCAUGGGCUUCAAUUACUGCCGUGCUGGCGGUGCUCAGCUGCCUGAUGGUUCCCUAGGGUGGGCAGCCGGGCAAUACGAGCCGCGAUGGCUCUCGACCCUUUCAAAGUACCGCACGACUCGUCGCCACGGCGGCCGGUUCUCCCUGCUGAUGCACGAUCUCUGGGGCGCGGACAGUCUCCAGGGUGGCUCGUUCUCCUGGCCGGGCGACAACGGCAACUGGACCAGCUACGACGCCUUCCUCGACCGCGUCUUCAGUGACCUCAGAGCCAACGAAGCGCUGGAGGGUCUCGACAUUGACAUCUGGAACGAGCCGGACCUGCAGUCCUUCUGGGGCUCAACGCAGGACCAGUACCUCGCCACCUGGGCGCGCACCUAUGCCCGGAUCAGAAAGGACCUCCCCGAGGUGCUCAUCACGGGCCCGUCGACCAGCGAGCCCGCCACCGCGGGAAGCGCCACGUGGCAAAAGUUUGCCGCCUUCAUCGCCGCCAACGAUGCCGUGCCAGACAUGUACUCGUGGCAUCUCCUCCGCACGAACCGCAACCUGCGCGAGUCGACCGACGAGGCCUUUGAGGUCUACGGUACCCAUGCGGGGACUGUCGGUUCCGUCAAGGUCCUGGCGGCUGUGAGGCCUGUCGCUGGGCGCAGGACGUACCAUGUUACGAUAACGGGGCUGUCUUCUGUGGGGUUUGCCGGGCACCGCGUCAAGAUUCGGACGAGGAGGUUCGAUGGACCUCCAAUCCUUAAGGAGAUUUAA